ACGGUUAAUAUUGUGGAGUACUUCCGGGUCAGAGUGUAGCUAACUUCAUGCUUCAUGUUGGCUAACCUCUUCAAGUGUGUGCUUGGGUAUGUCUCUCAUUUCUAAAAAGGACAUUCGAGUUUCUGUGUUUUCCCUCUUCUGUCGGCGAUCAUGAUCAGAUCCAUGCUCCAUCACAGGUUGACUUCCCGUGUUCUGUCCUGCACCAGAGGGUCAUGCCUACUCACAGGUCGGAUACCUAAUGGUGUGCUGCAGGCUCAUUCACCGGGUCACACACCAAUCAAGCCGAGCUUCCGUGGACCCCUUAUACCUGCUGUCACAGGCCUGGUCAGGUACUCUGACCUGUCCACAGAGAAAUACACUCUGAUUUACAGGCUGCCGUACAUUAAGCACCUCAGAGCCGUGUCAAGGCUUAAACUGCUCCAGACUGCCAUCACAGUGGUCAUAUUGCCCCCAGUGUUUUUCUUCUACUUCCAAGGACAAGUCUCCUUCUUUCUUGUCAGCUACACAACAGGGAUAGCGCUGUUUGCUGGUGCCAUGCUAUACGCUGCCAGUCACUUCUUCAGGAGGGUUGUUGGGAUGAUGUACUUGGACCCGUCCCAGACCACACUCAAAGUGUCCCACCUCAACUUCUGGGGUAGACGCUGCGACAUGUACCUGCCUGUUUCAGAUGUAAUGACCAUCGGGGAUACCGGAGACGCCGUAAACGAGACGAUAUGGAAACUAAAGAGAUACAGCAGUCCAGAGACAUUGUAUUUCUCCACAAAGUUUGGACAGGUGGUGGACAAACAAGGUUUUGAGAAGGUGUUUGGAACUUUAUAGUUUUUAUUCACAUGUACAGAUGAGGCAGUAAUAGUCUACAAUAUGUCCCAGUUAUAACCUGUUACAAUGAAAAUGAACUGUUGUCCAUGAAAAAAGCAUAUAUGUAUUUGUAGGUCUCAGCAGGACUGUGACCUCUUUGAGUGGUAAAAUGUAUGAAGAAGUCAAAAUGGAAAAUAAAAAUGCAGUUUUCUUGUUA